CACUGAGCAACAGAGUUCAACACUGAGCAGCAGAGUUCAACACUGAGCAGCAGAGUUCAACACCGAGAGGCAGAGUUCAACACCGAGAGGCAGAGUUCAACACUGAGAGGCAGAGUUCAACACUGAGCGGCAGAGUUCAACACUGAGAGGCAGAGUUCAACACCGAGCGGCAGAGUUCAACACCGAGAGGCAGAGUUCAACACUGAGAGGCAGAGUUCAACACCGAGCAGCAGAGUUCAACACAAGAACAACACCAGGUGCUUCCACUUCCUGCUGUUACAGGUUCAAGAUGGCGUCUGGAUCCGUCCCACGGACUGAUGAGGACCUUCACCUGCAGAAGGAGUCUGUUUCUUUCUGGACUCUGAACGUCACCGUACUGAGGGCCAAGACCCAGCAGAGCCUGGACUACUGGUCUCAGUCGGACCUGUACGUCCUCCUGUCCCUGCCCACAGCCAAGGCCACACCCUUCCGCACCAGGACCGUGUCCGGCAACAACAACCCAGAAUGGAACCAGACCUUCACCUACAGGGUCCCAGUCCAGACCAAGAACGUUCUGGAAAUCCAACUGUAUGAUGAAGACCCUCUGUCCCCUGACGACCUGCUGUCCACGGUCCUGUUGGACCUGAGCACCCUGAGAGCCGGGACCAAGGAGACCAAGAGGUUCAACCUAGACCCACAGACUACAGAUGAACUUGUGAUGGAAUUUGAGCUGCUUGAGAGUACAGACACAAGUCAUGAAUACCUGACCAAUGGCAUCCUGAUGGCUGCCCCGCUCACUGUUCUGGAUGUGGGCGUUGACAAACUACUCCAAAACUACACUGAUGUUGAGGACAAGGUCCUGAAGGUAGCUGGAGCCUAUGAGGACACAAAGACCCUGGAGUUAAAUGAGGAAGGACCCCAGAAAGUGCGUUUCUACGUCAACAGAGACUUGGAGACUGUACUGGGAGUGGCACCUGGUGCUGAUGACCAGUCUCCUUCUUCUUCUUCUGCUGAAUUGGAAACAUUUGCUGAUCUUCAGCCUCUUCCUGCCAACUACACUGGGAAGGUGUCACUGACUGUGGACCAGGGUGUGGUGGACGUAGACCUAGAAACUACAGAACAAGUCAAAGCAGAGCCCAGGGUUCGGAUGGAGUUUGACAUUCCACCGCAGGAGAAGGAGUUCCUGAAGAAGAGGAAGAGUGUGGUGGAAGAAGCCCUGCGCAAACUCCUGGGAUUUAGCCAGGAACUGACGCAGGACCAGGUUCCGUCGAUAGCGGUGGUGGGUUCAGGAGGCGGAGCCAGAGCCAUGACGGGUCUGCUGGGGGGUCUGAAGGCUCUGAAGGACAUGGGGGUCCUGGACACUGUGUCCUACAUCACAGGGGUUUCAGGAUCCACGUGGGCUAUGUCCGCUCUGUAUCAGGACCACAGCUGGUCACAGCAGGACAUGGACGGAUUCAUCAACGCCCAAAAAGAACAGAUGAAAAAGGGAAGUCUGAGCGCCUUCUCAUCUGAGAAAAUGAACUAUUACCACAAAGAAAUGGAACAGAAGGAGACAGACGGACACCUGGUGUCCUUCAGCGACAUGGCAGGACUGGUGUUUGAACACCUGAUCUUUGGGAAGAAGGUUUCCAGUACUCUGUCGGAGCAGCAGAAGGCGCUCAGUGAAGGACUCAACCCUUUUCCCAUCUACACUGCAGUCAACAUGAAGGAGGACCUGCAGGGCACCGAGUCCACCGCUGAGUGGUGUGAGUUCACUCCCUUCGAGGUCGGACUCCAUAAAUACGGCGCCUUCGUUCCGACUGAACUUUUCGGCAGUCACUACUUCCUGGGUCGUCUGGUGAAGAAGCUUCCGGAGCUCCGCCUUCCUUAUCUGAUCGGCAUCUGGAGCAGCGCCUUCGCCGUCAAUCUGACUGAGCUGUGGAAGACGGUGACGGGGGUGGAGCCAACAUGGACGCCACGGGGAUCUGAGAUCGACAGCAUCGAGUCAGACACCACCCCUUCCACCUUGGACACGUUCGUCUUUAAUCCCGUCACCAAAAUUGCUGGAGUAUUGAACAACUUCUUCAGCAAACGUGCAGGCGUCGCAGAAAUGUUCAACUACAUGCGUGGUCUGUUCCUGCACAAGAACUACAACAAACACAGCAACUUUGUAGCAUGGAGAGACACUCACCCUGAUGCCUUCCCGAACCAGCUGACCCCCAGUGACCACACCCUCCACCUGGUGGACUCUGGACACUCCAUCAACAUCAGCUGUGCUCCAGUUCUGAGGCCUGGCAGACACGUGGACGUCAUCAUAGUCCUCAGCUACUCCUGGGACCCAGACCACGCCCUCGAUGUCAUUCGACUCACUGCGGAGUACUGCUCAGAACAUCACAUCCCCUUCCCCAACGCUGACUAUUCCAGUCUGGAACAGGAGCCUGAGCAGGAGGUCUACGUCUUUGAGGACCCACAGAACCCCGCAGCCCCCCUGGUCAUCCACUUCCCACUGGUCAACGUCACCUUUAAAGACUUCAAACGGCCUGGUGUGAAGCGUGAAACUGCAGAGGAGCUGAAAGCUGGAGCAGUGGACGUGAAAAGUGAAGAUUCUCCGUACACAACAAAGAACUUCACCUACUCUGAGCAGGACUUCCAGAACCUGGUGGACUUGGCCUACUACAACGUCAUCAACAACACAGAGAGCGUGUGCAGCGUCAUCAGAAAGGCCCUGCACACCAAGACCCACCGCCAUGACGCCUAGACCCACCGCCAUGACGCCAAGACCCACCGCCAUGACGCCUAGACCCACCGCCAUGACGCCAAGACCCACCGCCAUGACGCCUAGACCCACCGCCAUGACGCCUAGACCCACCGCCAUGACGCCAAGACCCACCGCCAUGACGCCUAGACCCACCGCCAUGACGCCAAGACCCACCGCCAUGACGCCUAGACCCACCGCCAUGACGCCUAGACCCACCGCCAUGACGCCAAGACCCACCGCCAUGACACCAAGACCCACCGCCAUGACGCCAAGACCCACCGCCAUGACGUCUGGACCCACCGCCAUGACGCCAAGACCCACCGCCAUGACGCCUAGACCCACCGCCAUGACGCCAAGACCCACCGCCAUGACGCCAAGACCCACCGCCAUGACGCCAAGACCCACCGCCAUAACGCCUGGACCCACCGCCAUGACACCAGCCAGUAGAUCUGUUGAGCCACUUCUGAAAACACCCUUUUAUAGACAGGCCUUUCUGUGACAUCUGUCCCAUUUUAAUUGGAAUUUUUAAAA